CCGACCGACAAUCGGGCUCGUAGUGUACAAUUCAUUUUUACACUACACACACGUUGGGAUCAAGACGCACGAGCCUCACACACGGUACAACCAAAGGGACGGCCGCAACGGUGACCUUGGGAUCCGUAGCUCUGCUCUCAUCUCGUCUCAUCUCGGUAUCGGCUGCUCUGCCUCUCUUAACCUGUGUUCUGUUGCACAACCAGCAGCACACACGGGUCAUCUCAGGUUCCGCCAGCUCUCCCCUCUACAAGCCUCCGACCGAGACACAUUUUCUCCCCUUGUGUGACCGGCCGGUGUGUGCGUGAAGUGUUGAUCCAUCAAUAUACACACACUUCACCACCAAAGCCCCAAGCCGAUCCCCUCGCCCUUACCGUUGCGACGCCCACCACGCGGUCUAUCGCUUCGGUGGUCCGCAAGGUCCGGUCGUCGACGCUACUCCUGAGGUGCCUUCGGCUACCACAAUACAGCGCUCCUUCCUUAGCGUCGCUCGGUCUUAGCGGAGAAACGCCCCUCCCCAGUUCAAGGCUGCUUUGUUAUUACCGCCGCUGUACGGAGUAUUAUUUGCGACAUUAAUACUUCCCAGGUUACCAAACCUGGCCUUGUUCCAUCCCCCCCUCCAGCCGGGCUUCCCAUUUCCUAUGGUGAUACCCUGAACCACAUCCCCCCCCCUCCAAAAAAAGGAUCCCAGUCCACUCGGCGGAGAAAGCCACUAUUCUUAACCAUGUCAGGCAUCGUCUCCUCGCCCACCGCCCUGCACCCCGCCCUCAGUAAUCCGAAUCCGCUCCCGCCGGCGCCGGCGCCAUUGCAACAGGCCCAGCAGCAGCCGUCAUACUGUUCCCCUUCCGAACGAGUUAUUAAAACGGGUUCGCUCUCCGACCGUCCCAAAAGCUCAAAUGCCGCUCACGACCGACCUCUCUCUUCUUCGUCUACUUUCGUCUCGACGUCCGCCCUUCCCUCCCUAUCACUUUAUCGCAAUGCAGAAGCGGUAGCAGAGGUCCCAUAUUCUUGUGCCCCAGGCGGACCCCCCGCUGCUGCAACCACGUCAACCUAUGCACCCUCGUCGACGAUAAGGAGAAGCUCACUCUCAAUAACAUCCACCGCCGCCUACCCCGAGCUGCUGCCGCCCCCUCUAUCGAGGUCGUCCAACGCCAACAACGCCGCCCAUCACCCUCCCAAGGGUCACCGUCGCGCCCCCUCGCACGAAGUUCCUCGCCAGACUAUUAUGAAAGCGCUGGCUUCGGUCGUUCGCGGAAACAAACCCGAAGCCCUUUCCCUAACCGGCAUGCUUUCCCAACAGGGUGGUAGCGUCGACAACCGACCCGCCACGUCCUCGUCUCAGAAGCUGGCCGACGCCCUAAACGAGCUCGCCAACCGGAACAUGACUCCCACCACCGCUCUGCCGUCUCUGCAGUCCCCCUGCUUCUACCACAACCGUUUCGACGAUGCCGUUAAUAUCGACAAGGUCCUUGAGGAGAUCAAGAACGACGACUGCAUGUCUCACUCAAGACUGGUGCAGACCGCCACCGGCGUCCGUGAGGUUUCCAAGCAGCUCCAGCGCCGCCCCAUCAAGCGAGCCGUACGCAACGUCAUGAUUGUCACCAAGGCUCGCGAUAAUCAGCUAGUCUAUCUGACCCGGGAACUCGCUACCUGGCUGCUUCGCACCCCGAGGUACGGCUCCGAAGUUGGCGUCAACGUCUUCGUUGACGCCAAGCUGCGCAACUCUCGUCGUUUUGAUGCCGGCGCCAUCCUCGCCGAGAACCCUGCUUUUCAGGAUAUGCUCAAGUACUGGACCCCCGACUUGUGCUGGACCCAGCCUGAGAAGUUUGAUCUUGUCCUAACGCUCGGCGGCGACGGAACCGUGCUCUUUACUUCGUGGCUCUUCCAGCGCAUUGUUCCUCCCGUCCUGUCCUUCAGCCUGGGCAGUCUCGGUUUCCUGACGAGCUUCGAGUUUGAGAGAUACAAGCAGCAUCUGGACCGCAUUAUGGGGGAUGAGGGCAUGCGCGUGAACCUGCGCAUGCGCUUCACCUGCACCGUCUACCGGUAUGGCACCUUGGGCCAGGAGGCCGAAGAGGGCGAGCAGUUCGAGGUUCUGAAUGAGCUCGUCAUUGACCGUGGCCCAUCCCCUUAUGUCUCGAACCUGGAACUCUACGGCGACGAUGAGCUCCUCACCGUGGUGCAGGCCGAUGGCUGCAUCUUUUCAACACCCACAGGAUCCACCGCCUACUCUCUCUCGGCCGGGGGCUCCUUGGUGCACCCAGAUAUUCCCGCCAUUCUAUUGACGCCAAUCUGCCCGCACACCCUAUCGUUCCGCCCCAUGGUUCUUUCCGACACGAUGCUCCUCCGCGUGUCGGUACCGCGCAACUCACGCGCGACGGCAUACUGCGCCUUCGACGGCAAGGGACGGGUCGAGCUGAGGCAGGGCGACUAUGUCACCAUCACAGCUUCGCAGUACCCCUUCCCUACCGUUGUCCGCACCCAGACGGAGUGGUUCGACAGUGUGUCGCGCACACUUCGCUGGAACACGCGCGCUGCGACGCAGAAAGGCUUUGACCCCUCGGCCGAUGGUAGUCUUUGCCCGUCGGAGGACGGCAAGGACGACGAUCCGGAAUGGGACAUCGACACAGACUCAGCGUGCUACGCCAGCGAGGACGGCAGCAUCAGCGCGAGCCCGUUGCGAAGACAGAUGAGUCUGUUGGGCAUGUGAUAUUUUGAGAUAUGUGUAGGCCGAAAGGGAAGAAGCGAAAGGCAUGGUGGUUCCCACAUUUUCUUUUAAUUACGACCAACGAAGGAGGGCUGUUUCGAGAGCAGCCCCUCUUCUUCAUCUAUCCAUCUCCACCACAAGUGACGUUGGUGGGAUAGACCAAUGGGCGCAUUGGCAUCUUGGUGUUGCCGUUUCCCGCUCAUUCCUUUUGUAU